CUUCGGUGUUCGAAAAUGACAAUAAUGUGUGACAGAAAUGGUGUCAUUUUGCCCUGAAAGAGUUAAAGUUGCACCGACUGAGGAGAAAUGCUAUUAUUGGCUGUUGCUUAGUUACGGUUCGCAACGUUUGAACGCGGACGGCACAAGAACAGAGGCGACGAUUAUCACAAUAAAUUCAAAAUAUCCCAAGCAGACAAGUAAGAUGACCACACCCCCCUCUAGUGGCUGGGUGUGGAAUGCUGACAGUGAAAGCUUGGAGUUUAUGGGCUUUGCUGCAGAAGGUGGAAGUCUUUCGGACAAAAGAGGACAAGCACGUGACAACAUGAAGGAUCUUCAGCUAAGAUCAGAAUGGUUGGCUGACGUCUGCAUUUGGAAGCAUAGAGGGCGCCAUAGCUCAAAAAAGAGCCUAAGUGCAGCCCAUUUGAACGCAUACAGAGCCUCAGUGCUGCAGAAGCAAGGUGACCACGUCACUAUCGAUGACGUUAAACAGGUGGCUGUUGCCUUGCUGCAGGAACACUAUUCGCUGCCAAUCCCGCUCUGCUUCAUGGCUUUACUGAAGAGUAACGAGCUGGAUGAUGUCCUGACUGCCCUUCUUCUUUACAUGUCUUAUUACUUUGAGCACAAAUCUCAGAAGAAAAUAGCUCAGCCUACAUUGAUUUUAGAGAUCAACACUGAUCAUCAGAAGAUGGCAAAGACCUUGGCUAAAAAGGAGAUUGCCCAGAAGAUACUGGCUGUCCAUUACUUCGGUAUGAUCAUGGACACGGAUAUGGCUCGGCAUACGCAGCAUUCCCACACAGCAUAUCAUAAGGGCCGGAUCGCAGGUAACAGAAAUGAAUGGCUUCUCCAUGCGUGCUUGUACAGCUUUUUCUGCUGUGUGGCCUGGGUGGCGUUUGGCAGGAGGCACAUGACCAGCAUUCAAGAGGAGGUGGGACGACUUUUGUACUCGGACACCUUUAAUAUGGCUGUCAGGAAAAAGACAGAGGAUGCAAGCUCAUUUGCGAAUGACGGUUCAGCGAUCGUGGACGGCACAAAGAGCGAACGAAGCGCAUGCUACCAACGCAUGUUCCAGAGGCGCCCAGGCCUCAGCAACGUAUUUAAUCAGCGCUCCCCUCUGAUGGUGUGUCUGCUGCCCACACCAAAAGAACAGUCACCCCAUCUGUUCUCUGGCAGACGGGCUGCACGGCUGAGCCCAGUGCAAACUGAAAACUAUGACAACGAGGUCCUAACAGAGGAAGUCCACCAGCAGCUGGCCAGUGUCAGAUUUGGGAUUAUGGGCAGGCCUCUGAAUGAGUUCAACCCCAGUACCCUGCUGUGCAAUGGAGAAGAGGAAAACAACAUAGAUUUGGAUGAUAAACCAGAGAAUCACACUAAUAAUGGCACAACUAACAACUAACAAAAAAAAAAA